AUGAAUAAAACAGAUUUUAUUUCAGAUAAUACCGUUGAAAAUAUCGCGUACCUUCAAAAUGUUAAUGAAUUUAAUAUAGCUGCAAUCGACAAAAGGAUCAUUAAUAACCUUGACAGUUCCAUACUUGAAAUUUCCUCUUGGUUUGAAGAUAACAAUAAUGUUGGCGUUAGUAACAGCAAUGAUAAUAAUCUGGAAGAUGAACCAGAAAUUAAUAGAGAAGUAAUUGAUAAUGUUGAUGAAGUUAAUGGAAUUGCUGGUGGUGAUGAUAUAAUCCAUGACAAUAUUUCUAUCGAGGCGGAAGAAACAAAUAACAAUCAAUCAGGAACAGUGGCCUUACGUGAAAUAAGACAUUACCAAAAAACCACCAAUAGAUUAAUUCGCAUGUUACCUUUUCAACGACUUGUAAAGGAAAUAGCUCAAAGUAUUAGACUGGAUAUUCAUUUCCAAUCUAUUGCAAUUAGUGCUCUACAAGAAGCUUCCGAGUCCUAUUUGGUUUCUUUAUUUGAAGACACAAAUCUAGCUGCUAUUCAUGGUAAACGAAUCACAAUACAACCAAAAGAUAUGCAACUCGCACAUCGUAUUUGUGGUGAUAUAUGA